GGUGUUUACCUAUGCCGCCAUCUUGCCGCUGACUCUUCUGAACAAUUGUCUGUAGAGGACCUUAGCACCCAGACAAGACAUACAUAGCCAGAGAGAAUCAUGACAAGAAAAACAAAAGCACAUGAAGGGAAUGUAUUUAUAAAUACAAUUCCUGAGAUCCUUCUGAGCACAGAAGUCUUUCCAAAGGCAUGGGGUUAAGGGGUGCACUUACAGAUUGCAAAAGCCCGUAGUACUCUAAAAUUGAUCGCCUUUCCUGGUCACCUUUCUCCCACUUUUCCAUAAAAGGAAUUCAUCCCAGUCUCCCUUUUGUGUGUGUGUUUUUUAAUCUUGCCUUUUAACUGUACCAAUAUUGAGAAAGACUGCAUAGCUCUGGGAGAUCAGAGAAGAAGCAUAGAGAGUAUCAGAAAAAAAUUUUGAUUCAGGCAGUAAAUUUACAGCAUGGUGUUCUGUGCCUUAUCCAUCCGUCUCAGAAUUAAAACAUUCAGGAUUUACAAGAAGGAUUCUGGGAACCACGAAUGGGCCUCAAAGUGUGUCCCUCUGUCCCCUCUGUGUUUGCACCAUGGGCAGCUAUGGGAAAGGACCUAGAUGAGUUCUCUCACUUAUGUGCAGGGUUUUGGUCUAAUUUGUGUGUUUUCCAUGACUUGAAGGCGGUGUAGGAGAACAGCUUUGCCUUUCUGUCCAACUCGUCAACUUUACGUCGUCAAGGAAAAGGAAGUUACAUUGAAGCUGAACCGAUAAAGGGAGAAGACAGUUCAUUCUAACAUGGAAACAGCAACUCCUGAUUCCACCCCUGCAUCCAGUCAUCCCUUACCAAAUGGAGAUGCUGUUGCGCCGGAGGGAAAUCUGGAGACAACGUUGGAGAAUAGCCUGUGCAGCCAGUACGAGGAGAAGGUGCGCCCCUGCAUCGACCUCAUCGACUCCCUGCGGGCCCUGGGCGUGGAGCAGGACCUGGCCCUGCCCGCCAUCGCCGUCAUCGGGGACCAGAGCUCGGGCAAGAGCUCCGUGCUGGAGGCGCUGUCUGGUGUCUCCCUCCCCAGAGGCAGCGGUAUUGUUACAAGAUGUCCCCUGGUGCUGAAACUGAGAAAACUUAGGCAUGAUGAUGAGUGGAAAGGCAAAGUCACUUACCGGGACCUGGAGAUUGAUCUUUCAGCUGCUUCGGAGGUAGAACAGGAAAUCAGGAAAGCCCAGAAUGUCAUUGCUGGGGAAGGUGUGGGAAUCAGUCAAGAGCUAAUUAAUCUGGAGGUCAGCUCCCCUCACGUGCCAGAUCUGACCCUGAUAGACCUUCCUGGCAUCACCAGGGUGGCUGUGGGCAAUCAGCCAGCUGACAUCGGACGUCAGAUUACAGCACUCAUCAAGAAGUACAUCCUGAGGCAACAGACCAUCAUGUUGGUGGUGGUGCCCAGUAACGUGGACAUCGCCACCACAGAGGCGCUGAGCAUGGCUCACGAGGUGGACCCCGAUGGAGACAGGACCAUAGGGAUCCUGACAAAGCCCGACCUGGUGGACAGAGGCACGGAAGACAAGGUGGUUGAUGUGGUGCGAAACCUCGUCUACCACCUGAAGAAGGGCUACAUGAUCGUCAAGUGCCGGGGCCAACAGGACAUCCAGUACCAGAUGAGCCUGUCCAAGGCCCUGCAGAGAGAGAGGGCCUUCUUCGAGGACCAUCCGUAUUUCAGGGAUCUCCUGGAGGAGGGAAAGGCCACGAUCCCCUGCCUGGCAGAAAGACUGACCAAUGAGCUCAUCGCACACAUCAGUAAAUCUCUGCCCCUGCUAGAAAAUCAAAUAAAGGAGAACCAGCAGAGUAUAACAGAGCAGUUGCAGAAGUAUGGCAUGGACAUCCCGGAAGAAGAAACUGAGAAAAUGUUCUUUCUGAUUGACAAAAUCAAUACAUUUAAUCAGGACAUCCAAGCUUUAGUAGAGGGGGAGGAAUCUGUGUGUGGCGACAACAGUCGGCUGUUCACCAGAAUCCGGAUGGAGUUCGGCAAGUGGAGCAUUGAGAUCGAAAAGAGUUUCCAGAGAGGUUAUGACGAUAUUUUUAGACAGAUCAGGAAAUUUGAAAAUCAGUAUCGCGGCAGAGAGCUGCCAGGGUUCGUGAAUUACAAGACGUUUGAGACGAUCAUAAAGAAGCAAGUGAAGACCCUGGAGGAGCCGGCGGUGGAAAUGCUGCAUAAGAUCACCGAUAUGGUCCGGCUUGCCUUCACAGAUGUUUCCAAGAAAAAUUAUGAGGAGUUUUUCAACCUUUUCAGAACCUGCAAGUCCAAAAUUGAAGACAUUAAGUCAGAACAAGAAAAAGAAGCGGAGAAGUCCAUCCGACUGCACUUCCAAAUGGAGCAGAUUGUCUACUGCCAAGACCAAGCGUACCGGGGUGCGCUGCAGAAGAUCCGAGAGAAGGAAUCCAAAGAGCAGAAGGGGAGUUCUCGCGAGCAGACGUCCUCUCUGGAGGAUCCUUUGACUUGCUCCCUCGCUGAAAUCCUCCAACACCUGUUGGCCUACCGCCUGGAGGCCAGCAACCGCCUGUCCAGCCACAUCCCUCUGAUCAUCCAGUUCUUCGUCCUCCGGUCGUACGGGCAGCAGCUGCAGAAGGCCAUGCUCCAGCUGCUGCAGGACAAGGAGAAGUACGACAUGCUCCUCAAGGAGCACAGCGACACCAGCGACAAGAGGAAGUUCCUGAAGGAGCGGCUGGCGCGGCUGACCAAGGCCCGGCGCCGGCUGGCCCAGUUCCCGGGCUAAGGGCUGUCUCCCCUGCGCCUCACCUCCCGGGGUCCUCUUUGUUAGUCACCCGUGCUCGUCCCAGUAGAGGGGAGGGACCAGGAGGAAGCUGUGGUGAGCGAUGUGGUUUCCAGAUGUGGUUUCCAGCCUGAGACUCGAGACCCCCCCCUCGUGCAGGAUGUGGUGUAGGUUGGGCGGCUGGCACCGUCUUCCUGGUGAGGAAAAUGAUCGUCCCAUCAUGUCGUCCCUGCUUCCCCGGCUCUCCCCCAUCUUCCUCAGGGACCCACGCCCCUGAGCCCCAUAGCAGGGCUGUUGCCCGGUUUCUCCCAGGACCGUUCAUGCGCCCGAUGUUUUAGGACCCUGAGUGCCCUCUGCAUGAAUGCUAUAGAAGUCAUACCUCAUCUGUUUGUAAUAAACUCUUUUCUAACAGACGUU